AUUUCUGGUAAACAAAGCAUUCCGCCACAAACGUGCUGCAAUUCUCUUGCAUUCGAAACAUCAACUUUUUAUUUAUGAUUUUCGAUUCUAUUCGCCAACUUUCAAUAUGUUAUCAAAUUUGAUAGUGACACCGCAACGACUAGUUGUUAUUCUGGAUGAAUUAGGUCAAGAGAAAAUAUCAGAGAAAUUUCUUACAAAAAUACUUAGGGAACAAGGGGAAGAUGAGUCAAUAACAAUGUUGGCACCUGAUGAGCCAUUUGAAAAAUUAACUUGUGAAAAUAAUAAUGGUACUAAAUUGACUGAAACCAAGAGAUACAAUGUUGUCUUACCAAACCUAUCGGAUUUAUUGGUCUAUCAAAAGCCAGCAGAAAUACUCAAUGGCCUAAAUAAAUUGAAAAAGAGCGAAUGUAUUAAGAGAUCUUUUCUCUGGAUAUCCCCCAACCACUUGGCCUGCGAUCAUGCAGGUUUUUUAAUAGCUGCUUGCGAAUACAUGGCGGAUAUUGUUAUGCAUCUGCAAAAUGAGAAGGAAUUGACGAUUUUAACAAGAAAACCUGGUGGUGGUGUUACAAAUAAUCGAUAUGCAUAUACAAAAACUAAAACAGAGUUUAUGGUCCAAGCAAAAAGGGGCACCGAUUCAAUAGCUAGCCAAAAUAACGGUGGUGAAGGUGAUGAUAAAAACCGAGAGCAGCUAGGUACAUUCAAAAUCGAAUUGGAUGAAGAGGAAAUGGUGGCGAGGAAUGCCAUGAAAAUGCCCUAUGAAAAGGCUAUGGAAGCGAUCGAAAGCAAUAUUAUCUAUACUCCUGAUGCCGCCGAUGACUUCGAUGAUGAAGAUCCCGAUGAAGACUUGAAUAUUUAAAUAGCUCAGAUUAUACCUGAAGUUAGCUCGUUACUUAGAUUUACAUAAAAAACAUUUUUAAGAAUA